CCAAAGUUCGUUUGCGCGACGCGUUUGAAGAUCUCUCUGCAGAUAUUUCUAAAAAUGUUCUAAGUGCUGAAAUUGAAACAAAGUCCCUAACAAGAAAUGUGUGCGAAAUUUUUCUGGCUAGGGCUAAUUGCCUGCCUGGUUUUGGCAAAAAGUGGAGACUGUUUCCAGGCGAAACGGUUCUUCGGAGUGGGCAAAAGGAUCGAUGGGGACCAGCUCCUGGUCAAGGAUGUGCUCUACUCCCGUCCUGCCGGCGUCGAUGAAUUACCCCGAGUGACUUUUACCUACGAAAUCCAGGAGCCGAUCACUUGCAUUGAAAUCUAUUCGGAGGAAAACAUUUCGGCGGAGGUAAGAUUCAGCCUGGUGAAUCAUCAGAUUGUGGGCUUGGUCCAAUUGGCGGGUGGCAAUCAAAGCUUUGACCCCUCAGUCGAAGUAGCCACCGUGCCACCAAUAAGCGGAUUCGACGUUACCAUCAUGGUGUUUGGCCUAGAUGAAAACGCAACCAUAUUUGAUCCCUCCCUAAUCAUCAAUCGCAAUCAACAAUAUGAGGGCGACAUGGAGCCCUACGAGCAGAGCUCUCCCCAACCAGAUGAAUAUGUCGAGGUAUUCGACAACAACAGGCGAGAUGCCCUGGAGGUGGACGAGGAGGUUGAGAACCUCUCCGAGGAGGAGGUAGAAUUAUUUACCGAGGGUCCUCUUGCAAUUGAUGAUUUUGAAAAGCCGGACAAGAACAUCGAAAUUGGCAACAGGCAGGCGGGUGAUCAGCUUCUAUAUGAAUGCUAUAUGACGGGGCCCGAUAACAUAGAACAGGCAACCAACCAGUCGGUGACUUUCUACUACAUCGACAGCAACUGUAUAACAUACGUUAAGUUUGUUGUACUUGGUAGUUAUGAUAACAAGACCUCUGGUGCUGAGUACACAUCGCCGGUGGCGGAGUACAGUCACUUCUCAAGUGGAACCCUGAAGGCGGUCAUUACGCACUUCACAAGCAACCUUUUCGUCCAGAUGUUUGUCUACGGUUAUUGGGGUCGCGAGGCUCCCGCCGGUUAUGUGCCCUUCCUGCCGCCACCGCAGCUUCAGAGGACCGCACCGGGAAACGGCACUCCGCACCUGACGCCGCUGCAGACGAUGCAGUUGCUCCUGCUGACCGGCCAGAGGACCACUCCAGCGCCGGAAGCCCACAACGAUAUCUUGGAGCCGGAGCUGCCGCGGUCCAUUCUGCCGGAGGAGAUGGUAAUCGAGCGGAUCGACGAUGAGAGCAACUCAUCGGCCUUCAGGCAGAAGGAGUCGGGAUUGGGCGCCUUGCUGGGCCUGCUGCUCCUGAUCCUGCACAACUAGAGCGCUGGGGAGUCAUUAGUUAAUCCACGGAAAGCUUUAUGAGUAGUCUUUAGUCCAACAUUCUGGGUAUUGUAUUUUACGAAAUAAACUUUUGGCCUAAGCCAAGGCACACCACA